AUGUCUUUCUUCUCGGUGCUUGGUUUCUCAAUUGGUGCUAGUGCAGCAGAGAGAAAGCUUAAUGAGCUAUUCGAAUACUACCAAGUAGCUCUGGAUGAUCAAAGAGUAAAAAGUAUUGGUCGUAUUUCUAAAUGGGAAGAGAAGACUGUUGACAAUAUAAAACGGCAUGCAAGUAAUCUAAAAACUCUUCUAGAACAACAAUACGAUACGCAGAUACGAUCAGUUAAAGAAACGAAAAAAAAUUAUCUUAGUAUGAUAGAUGAACACGAAAAUAUCGGAGAUGAGCAAGCCGUUCGUUCGCUACUCGGGCAAUGCACUUUGUUAAAGUUCGAAUUAGCACAGAUUGAAUACCAUCCGUGCUCUAUCGAUUUCAUUCAAUUGGUCUCAAAGGAUUCCGAAAUAAUCAAUUCGAAAGUAAACAAACCAUACAAAUCUCAAACGAAAUUUUCAGCAGAGAAUUUAUCAGACAUCAAUGAUCCAUUAAAAGAAAGCCCCACUGGACAUUUCUCAGCUGAAUCAACAAUUUGCGAUAGCUAUGACGAUGACUCAGACUUCAAAAAAUGUCCUGUCUGUUUUAUGAUAUAUCCAUUCGAUAUGGCAAUACAAACACGUAUAGAUCAUGUACAAAGUCAUUACACAGAUGAUAGACAAACCGAUCCAAUGCAAAGUUAA